CUCUCUCCCACACAAUCACUGUUCCUUUGUUGGGUGGGGGAAUUACAAAUUCCAAAAGGGAAUGAUUAUAGCUUCCUUACAAAGCCAAAAACACCGCCACAAAUAUAAAUCUCAGUGAUCAUUCCCCUUUUAUCUUCACUUCCAUUUCUUAUCACUACACACACAUAUAUAUAUAUAUACAGACACAUGUGCAUUUCAGUCUGAAUAUAUACUAAAGAUUAAUUUGGUUUUGUAUCAUCGAGUUCGAAAAAUCUCGAAGAUGAAAGAUCGAAUGGAGCGAUUCGUGAUUCUUCCCUUCUCAUUGGGUUGUUCAUCGCAAUCCAGCGUCGACGUCGCCAACACUCACCACCACAGCAAGAAACCUAAUCCACCCAUCAAAAGAACAGAAGAAGAGGAAGAGGAAGAAGGAGAAAGCUCGAAACAUGAAGAAGAAGAAGAAGAAGACGAAACUAAAAUGGAUGACCCUCGUGGCAAUGAAUCUGAAGCUGUCUCUCCAAAGCACAUUGGUAAUAAUAAUAAUAAUAAUAAUAAUAAUGAUAUCUCAGUUGGGAUCUUCAGAUUCAUUAGAAGCUUCAAGACUUUCUCUCACAGCUUCUUCAUUCGUUACGGAGAUUCGACGGAGGAAACGGAGGCCGAGAUGGAGAUUGGAUUCCCGACGGACGUUAAGCACGUGACCCACAUCGGAAUUGACGGAACCAUGACGACUUUUGACGUCGCUUCGACGCCGUCUUCUUUUCCGUUUGGCCGUUUCCAACUCGCCACCGUUUGAUUCCAGACCGCCGCCAUGUAAUAAACCCGGUUUACUACUAUAUACAUUAGUUUUGAAUAGCGCUUUUGUUAGAUGCCAAUCAUAAACAUGUGUGUGAUGUUUUAUAGUAACUUGUAACAUUUUGUUUUUUCAUACCGAAUAACGAAUAAAUAUAUGCUUUUGUUCUU